UUGGAUAUAUGUGACGUACACACACACACAAAACAAUGUGUGCUACAAACUUUUGACUGGCCUAUGUUGUAUAAGUGCUGAAUGACUCAGCAGGGCAGCCUUCAGAUUGGCACUAAUUUUAACUAUUAUGAUAAAUAAAACUUUGUUUUUAUAUUGGAACAUGGUGUAUACUGCUUAAAAUAUUUAAAUACUUCUCACCUGUUAACGUGUAAUAAACACGUUAUCACAUGUUUACAAAAAACCAGACAGCUCCGCUUUGCAUGUGCAUUCUCCCUGUAAUUGAGAUGUAUUAAAAUGCCAAUAUCUGAGAUUGCAACAUUAAAGCAACAACAUGAACUUCGGUGUUGUUGUUAGAGUUUAAUUAAUCCACAAAAUACGAUGUGGCUGCAUCCAAAACAGCUUCACCUUCUACAAGACAACAUUUCCUGUCGCCGAUAUAGUCUAGAAUUUGACAUAAAUUCAAUGAUUUGUUCUUCAUUUGGUCCUCGCAGUAGUUGUCACUGAUAGAAACUGAAUUGACUCAGGCACUGAACAAACACAUGGUCGGCUCCUUACGUGUUUCGGCAGCCAUCUUGGCUCAAAAACAGCGCCCUCUGUCGGAUUUGGCGCUUGCCAAUUAACUGAUGAAUGCAUGAGCAAAGUGUGGAAGAAGUUAUGGCUGAAUGUAUCCAAGAAUUCUCAACAAGAAGAGCCUAUCGCAGUAUCGAUUAGGUUGACCAAAUUGUCAACCUAAUCGAUACGGCAGGACUAGGAUAUUAUAGAUGAACAGGAUAUUGAGAAGUUACUGCAUGUUUCUGAUGAGAGCCUUACUAACAACGACCUUCAAGAACUGGCAGAAGGACUUCAUGUAGAACUGGAAAAUAGUGAUUCUGAAAACAAAGGAACCAAAGAAUUUCUCAACAGAUCUCCUUAGUAAAAGUUUGGUGUUGAACAAUGGAAACUUAUUGCUGAUAUGCUGAAAUAUAGUGAAAAUUAAUAAUGAAAGUGUCACCAUAUUGGGUUUACUUUUUAUCAUCUGCUUAUGAUUAUACUUAGAUAUAAAAAGAUGAGAGAGAUCAGAAGUGUUGUUUCAAGCACAUCUGCUUACAAUACAGUUCAUUUUGAAUCUCCUUCUCACAUGGGGACAUUAUUAAGUGGAUUAAAUGCUUUAAGAAGUAAAGGUUUAUUAUUAGAUGUCACUCUGAUUGCUGGAGGACAGUCAUUUCAUGCUCAUAGAGUGGUUUUAGCUUCUUGUAGUGAUUAUUUUCGUGCCAUGUUUACUGAUGCCAUGAAAGAAAGUCGCCAAAGCGAAAUUUGUCUGAAUGGAGUAACUGCAGAAGGGAUGCGCUAUCUUUUAGAAUAUGCAUAUACCUCACGAUUGGCCCUAAGUCUUGCUAAUAUACAAGAUGUAUUAUCUGCAGCUAAUCAUGUUCAGUUAUUAGCAGUUGUUGAGGCUUGUUCUUCCUAUCUUCAAGAACAACUGGAUUUGGAUAACUGUGUAGAUGUAGCAACUAUUGCUGAAAUGUAUUCAUUACAACAACUGAGAAAAGAAGUUUAUAGGUUUAUUUGUACUAAUUUACAGCAAUUUUCAAGGACUGCUGAGUUCCAACGUCUUUCAGUAAUUCAAUUGGAACAUGUACUUAAAUGUGAUUUUCCAGUUGAUUGUCCAGAAAGUGAAGUUUUAGAGACUGUUUUAAAAUGGAUAGAAUUUAGACCACAAGAAAGAAUUAAAUAUGCCCACCAAUUACUUUGCAAUAUUCAUUUCACAGAAAUUUCUUCUGCACAACUUGCCAAAUUUUCAGAAACAUCAAUCCUUAAGUGCCUUAUUUCUGGUUCUAGUAUUUGUGGAAGAUGCUGGCAAAUUCCAAAAACUUGUCAUUGGACAGAAAAUUGUGGUGCAUCUCUCAUUAACUCACGAGGAAUGGAACUUGCAUUAUUAAAAGUUGGAGGUUUUGGCAUAGCUGGUGUAACAAAUGAAAUUACAUAUUAUUUACCUAGCAUUGGAAAAUGGCGAUAUCUUACUUCUAUUCCUCAUGUUGAGCAAUGCAAUUUUGGCACAGCUGUUUUAAAUAAUGAAUUAUUUAUUGUGGGUGGGUGUUUUAAUCAAAGUUUGCAAGAAAAUGUUCAUCCUUUUGGCUUUCGCUAUAAUCCUCUUACCAAUUCUUGGUCUACCAUGGCACCAAUGCAAAAAGAACGUUGCAGAUUUUCUCUUACUGUAGUUGGCAACUAUCUGUUUGCUGUUGGAGGUGCAGGUGAAUCAACGGAUGAUGUUCUUGAUGAUAGUGUUCCAUGUGAAAAAUAUGAUCCAGAAUCAGAUAUUUGGAGUCCUGUUGAACCAUUACCUGGUUCUCGUGCACAGCAUGCCGGAAUUACAUGGCAGAGAUUUUUAUAUAUAUCAGGAGGACUAGAUCAAGAUUUAGUUUUAAAUUCAUUAAUGAGAUAUGACACUGAAAUGGAUAUUUGGGAAAUAAAAUGUCCCAUGAUGACUCCACGUGCUGAUCAUUCAAUGGUAUGUUAUAAAGAUAAACUUUAUGUGUGUGGUGGAUGGUAUGAAGAUGAAUCAACUGGUACAAGAGUAUUAGUGGAUACCAUUGAUUGUUAUAAUAUUACUCAAGAUAAUUGGAGUGUUGUAACAAGGGUUCCUACACCUCGUUACCAUGCUGGAAUUGUUGUGAUAGGUCAAUGGUUAUAUAUUGUUGGAGGUUUUCAUAGUGCAACCACUUUUGAUAGGGCAAGUGGCAUUGUAGAAUGUUAUAAUCUAGAAACAGGAUUAUGGACAAUAGGCGAUCAUUAUCCCCAAGAUAUAUGGGAACAUACAUGCUGUACUCUAUUUGUUCCUCGAUGUAGAGAUGACUUGGAAGUGAUACCUGAUAAAAAUUUCUUUUAAAUUUCACAUAUUGGACUGUUGCCAUAAGAUGUUCCUAGGAUUUUGCUUGUCAAAAUAUUAUUUGCCAAAAAUAAGAAUGAAUCAUAAUUGCAAUAUAUUUAAUUUUCUUUAAAAGAUUCAUACUCAGUGCUAAAAUUCACAUUGUUACAAUAGUAAUUUUUAAAAUUAAAUUACAGUGAACAAAUCAUUGUACAUUAUAUGUAAAUUUUUUAAUAGAAUAAAGCAGAAAAUAUUCUCAUGUAUUAUGAAAAAUAUUCACUCACUGGCAAAAAUUGAAUAUCAGUGCCUUGAUCAAUAUUACUUUUACUUUGUAAAAUUAUGUAAAACUUAUGUUGUAUAUAAAACUCAAUAUAAUAAUGUUUUAAUAUAGUUUGCUGUGAAUAAUAUGUAUAAGCAGUUAUGUUUUUGUUAAAU